AUGUUUCCCGCGUCGUCCAUCCAUGGCGGCGCGGCCCGAGCCUCGGGAUCUUCGCCGUCGUUAAGUGCGUCCGUUAGUGGCGGCGAUGGCGACUCGGACGUGCUGGAUCACCGGCAACUGCUGGGGCUGCUGCAGGUCGAGCGCAGGGAUGCGCGGGGGGAUGCGCGGGGGGAUUCCGGGGGAGCGGGGCCGUGGAGGCUGGUGCCAAUCGCCAAGGAGCUGACCCUAGACGCGGGACAUUUCAUAGCAGUGCGUGCCAUUCAGGAGCUGAGGGAGCGUAACCGGAGCCUUGGGGGGGAGCGGCCGCUGCUGGUGGGGAUUGGGGGACCGUCUGGGUCUGGCAAGUCAAGUCUCGCUCGUCGCAUUGCCAGCAUGCUGGAGGGAACGGUGAUAGAGCAAGUGAACUACAUGGAUGCAGCGAGGGGGACGGGCGACAUGCAUGAUGUGGAUGCCCUCGACAUGGAGUUAUUGCACCGCCACAUGCAGGACCUCCUCGCAGGGCGGCCCAUCGAGAUGCCGCUCUUUGACUCGGUUGACUCUGUUGACCGCCUCACGGACCUCCUCGCAGGGCGGCCCAUCGAGAUGCCGCUCUUUGACUCGGUUGACUCUGUUGACCGCCUCACGGACCUCCUCGCUGGGCGGCCCAUCGAGAUGCCUCUCUUUGACUCCGUUGACCGCCGUCGCUCGGGGUUCCGCCUCAUCACGCCGUCUCCUUCCGCUGUGAUCCUUCUCAAGGGCGUGUACGCACUGCACUCGCGCCUGCGCCCGCUGUUGGACCUCGGGAUUGCCGUGAUCCUUCUCAAGGGCGUGUACGCACUGCACUCGCGCCUGCGCCCGCUGUUGGACCUCGGGAUUGCCGUGAUCCUUCUCAAGGGCGUGUACGCACUGCACUCGCGCCUGCGCCCGCUGCUGGACCUCGGGAUUGCCGUGGGCGUGUACGCACUGCACUCGCGCCUGCGCCCGCUGUUGGACCUCGGGAUUGCCGUGGUGGGGGGCGUGCACUACACGCUACUGCAGAGGGUCAAGUCUGACGUGGCACAGAGCGGCCUCCAGCUGUCACUCGCCUCCGUCAUGCACUCGGUCUUCCCCGCCUUCCCGCUCCACAUUGAGCCGACACUCGCACACGCAGAGAUCCGCAUCAGCAACAGCUUUGUGGCAGACUCCCUUCGCCACCCCUUCUACAUCCUCAAGUCCGACCAAACUGUGGCGGAGGAGAGAGUGAAACAGGUGCUGGGGUCGACCUGCACGACACGCAACGAGUACCGCUACGUGGACGUGUAUCUCUCACCGCCGCACAACCCCACGCGCACCAAGGAGUGGAUCCGAGUGCGGCAGUGCGGCAUCCGCUAUUUCCUCUCAGUGGGGGAUCAACGUGUGGUCGACCGCAGCUUCAUCAUCCGCCCGCGGGCGGAGUUUGAGGUACCAUCCACCACUCUCCCCGGUCUCAUCCAGUGCUCCUACGCGGUAGCAGUCAGCUUCUCACGAGACUCUGUGGUUCUCUCUAACGGAGACCUCUCAGUGUGCAUCGACACCAUUCACCUCGGGGAGGGGCACAGCCGCACAUACACGCAGAUUAAAGGGCCGGACAGGCAGACGGUGCUAACAGCAGCAGCUGCUCUGAGAUUGGAGGGGCCUUGGGUCACGGAUGCUUAUGUCGACAUAGUCAUGCGCCAUGUUGGCGCCCCUCCUCUGCCCACGCGCCCACUCUCCUCCUCCUGGGUACCAGCUUGCGUCUCCUCCGUGUCUCCUUACAGUCAUUCUCCCCCCCCCCCCCAUAUCACCCACGCUCUUUCCGAUUUUCCCCCUUCGCUCCUGCGUUUUGCUCUCCCCUUGCCCGCCCAGGCGCCCCUCGUCUGCCCACGCCCCCACUCUCCUCCUCCUGGCAUCUCCGCAGCCCUCUCUGCUGCCUCUGCGCCUCUCCCUGUGCGCCCACGAGCCAUCAACGUCAGCUCUCCAGGCUCAUCCGGGGGAGGUGGAACUGCCGGGGGGGUUGAGAGCAGGCCAGGGGAGAGACGGGUGGAGGAGAGAGGGGUGGAGAGCGGUGUGGAGGAGCAGGAGCCAUGGACCCGUUCCCCUACGAGGGCGAGUGAAGCAGCAGCCAUGGCAGCCCCGGCAUCGUGGGGGCUCACAGGGCUGGCGGACUCAGUAGGUCUCAUGCACACGCAGAUGAUACAGCAAGUCAUGGCUGGUGGUGAAGCUGAAGUUGAACCCCCUCCUAGUGCCUCUGCUGCUAGCACAACUGACGCCACUGGUGCUGUAACGAGCACUACCAGCACCACCAGCAGGAGCCGGAGUACCAGCACUGCUGGUGGUGUUGCUGCUGCGGAAGAGGGGAUGGGGGCAGCAGGUGGUGAGGGUAUAUAUGGCGCGACUUCCAGGCUUGCAACGUCCGCCGUUGGUGCAAGAGAGCCUCUUGGUGCUGCAGGUGCAGCCGUAAGCGACAGGCGGCAACAGGCAAGCGUGCAGCAUGCAAGGUGGGAGGACUCAGGCAAUAGCGAAGCGCGUGGAGGAGAGCAGCAGAGAGAGCAGGGGGGAGGACAGCAGGGAGGGCAGCAAGGAGCAGGAGGGAUGGCAGAGGGAGGGGCUGCAAGGUAUAGGGGAGCAGAGGGGCGGCCAGGCAUCCCAGGCGAGCAGGAGAGGGGCAGAGCAACAGCUCAAGGAAGCAUGCCAGCACAGAGGGGAGGGGUAGAGCCAGGAAUGGGUGGUGCAGCAUCGGAAAUGGGAGGUCAAGCAUCUGCAUCACAGAGGGCUCGGUUUGACCUCAUUCCAAAGCGAGAGCAAUUCAACUUCGACCGAGGACUCGGUCUUGCUGUGAUGGCCGUGCAGAAACUCCUUCGCAGCAACGGUCCUCCAGUCAUUGUAGGCAUUGGCGGACCCAGCGGCUCAGGCAAGACGAGCCUGGCAUGCAACCUCGCCCGUCUGCUCUCCUGCGACCUCCUCUCCCUCGACUCCUUUUUCAACGACACAGCUGACGGCACCAACUACGAUGACGUGGCGGUCGUGGAUUGGCCGCUGCUGCGCCGCACGCUGCAGGACGUGCGGGAGGGGCGCAAUGCGGUUACCCCGGUGUUUGACUUUGGCACAAUGAGGAGGGUGGGGUACCGCCCUGUGCACAUGCAUGGGGAUGGGCAUGGGCAUGCUGACGUGGCUGCAGCAGUAGCAGCGGCAGCAGGAGUUGAGACAUCGUGGGAGGCAGCAGGAGGAGCAAGGGACGGCAGCAGCUCCAGCAGUGCAGUGCUGGUGCUGGAGGGAACGCACACGCUGCAUCCACUCCUGCAGCAUCGGCUCGACCUGCGCAUUGCUGUGGACGGGGGAGUGCACUCGCACCUGCCGUCACGCGUUCUCUCCGACCUGCAAGCAUGCAGCUUGCCACGACCAGCAGAGGAAGUGGAGGCAACACUCUUCCCGCUCUUCCGCACACAGAUUCAGCCCUUCCUCUCCACGGCACAUCUGCGAGUGGUCAACAACUUUGACCCCUUCCACGCCCGCGACGCCUCGCAGUUCGUCCUCAAGAGCGACAAGAAGGUUACGGAGGAGGACAUUUUACGGGUGGUUGACCCCUCCACCCACCACCGGCGACAGCUGUGCUACACGGACGUCUUCUUUUACUUGCCUGGGCUGCACCCAGAGGGGCCUGUGAGGGAGUCCGAUUGGAUCCGCGUGCGCUGCUGCAACAACCGAUUCGCUGUGCUGAUUCGUGAGCCGUUAACAGAGGGUGACUUUGUGAUUCAGCCGCAAGUGGAGUUUGACAUUGGACUCUCCACAGUGGCAGGGCUUGUCAGGCUGGGGUACCAGGCAGGGCUGUUCAUGGAAGUCUCAGCCACGGUGUUCCAAGACGACCAGAUCUCAGUGGAGGUGGUGGGAAUCAAGGGCUUGAACGGGCGCCGCUUUGUGCAAAUCAAGGGCAGCAGCCGGGACGCUGUUGCCGCUGCAGGGCGAGCCAUGAGGCUGGAAGGAACGUAUGUUACAAAGCCAUUCGUGGAGAUAAUCCACGACAGCAACCGGGUGUUCUUCUCAGAGUCGGUGGACGUCCAUCGCAGCCAGCAAGCCGCCCGCCUGCACGCCCUGCUGCAACGACUCAACGUGUCCCCUCCGGCUGCUCCAUCCAUCGCCCUCGACCGCCAGCCUGGUAGCCCGGCUGCAGCUGCUGGACGCUCGGCUGACCUCUUUGGAGCGAAUGCAAUUCCUGAACACUGCUCUCCUGGGAUCACUCCUCCUCUGCUGCUGCGUCGCCCUGCUCUUCUCCCGCCGCCCGCGUCGGUGACCACAGAGAGACCAGAACAGCUAUCAGGCCAACACGAUGGUUGCACUCACUCGGUACAAUGGUCCACCAUGCAAGAGUUGGGGCAUGUGUGUGCAGGAGCCACUGCAUAUUGCCCACAUGGGAAUGAAUAG